AUGUGUGUGUGUGUGUAAAUGUGUGAAAGAUAAAGAGAGAUAGAGAGAGUGCUUCUUGAGCUCCAGCAAUGGCGGAUCACCAUGUUUUGCAAGUAGGUGUCUUGUUUCUCUUCUCUAUCUUCAUGUUUUCAGAUGCUGGAAGGGUUCCAGGGAUAUAUGUAUUCGGAGACUCUCUAGUAGAUGUGGGAAACAACAAUUACCUAAAAUUUUCCUUUGCCAAAGCAAAUUUUCCUCACAAUGGAAUAGACUUUCCCACCGGAAAACCAACUGGGAGGUUUGGAAAUGGCAAGAAUGCUGCUGAUCUUCUUGCUGAGAGUGUGGGUUUACCAACUGCACCACCAUUUCUAUCCCUGGUUUCGAAGAAAAACCAUGCCCAAUUCCAAACAGGUGUUAACUUUGGUUCUGGAGCAUCUGGAAUCAUUAGCCAGGAAAAUAAUAUCAUUCAAAAGCUCCAGUCAAUAUCUUUGCCAAAACAAGUAGACUUCUUUUUAUCAGUAAAUUCAGACCUGAAGAAAAAGCUUGGGGCCAUUGGUGCACAGAAGCAUCUAUCAAAAUCUCUGUUUGUCGUUGAGAGUGGAAGCAAUGACAUUUACAGCUACUUUGAGCCAUCUGACAAUUCCCAAAAUAAGACAACCCCUCAGCAAUAUAUCAACCUGAUGGCUCUCACAUUUAAGAAACAGAUAAAGCGUUUAUACAAUGUUGGUGCAAGUAAAUUUGUAAUUGUUGGGAUUGGAUUGGUUGGAUGCACACCAGCAGAGAGGAAUGGGAACAAAGCGGGAAAUUGCAAUGAAGAAAUAAAUAACUUGUCUGUGAAGUACAAUGGAGUUCUUAUAUCCAUCUUGAAGGCUUUGAAAUCAGAGCUCAAGAACAUCAACUACUCUUACUUUGAUGGUUACUCUGCCAUGGACAACAUCAUUCGGAAACCAGCUGCAUAUGGAUUCACAGAGGUUAAAGCUGCUUGUUGUGGGUUGGGGAAUCUAAAUGCUGAUGCACCAUGUCUGCCAUUUUCAACAUAUUGCUCAAACAGAAGCAACCAUCUGUUCUGGGAUCGAAGCCAUCCAACAGAGGCAGCUCAUAGAAUCUUUGUGGAUUACAUUUUUGACGGACCUUCACUUUAUACAUUCCCAUUGAAUGUUAGGAAGCUAAUUGCCAUUUAAGCCUCAGGAACAUAUAUCUUCUAGUUAAUUUCUUUUGUUUCUCUCAAGUAUAUCAUUUCCUUUUCUUGCUGGUUCAUGUCAUGUAUAAGUACUUAGAUAUUUAAAUAAAUAAUUAAUAGAUUAGCUUCCUCAAA